GAGGCAAUGACCAAUGACUCCAGGCAAGUUUAAGCCCGGAUCCUGAUGGUGAGAAACUGACAGAAUAUCUGGGAUCGGACAAUGAUCGGGAAAUUGUACUUCCUCCUGGCACUUCUCCAAGAUCCCUCUGAGCGAUUAUGACAGCCGCCCUGCUCCUGCUCCUCACCAUCUCCCAGGGUGUUCACUGCGGGGCGUGGGAGGUGCGGACUCCGAAGACGGUCACGGCCUCGGAAGGCUCCUGCGUACGGAUCCCCUGCACCUUCGAUCACCCCGCGCGGUCACCGCUCAGCGAAGUGAUGUGGUUAAAAGACAAUAAGACCCAUGGGAGUCUUGUCAUCGAUUCCAAAGGGUUGUCCAACUCUUCCUUCCUCCACCGGACCCAGCUCCACCCCGGGUGGGAAGUCGAGAAGGACUGCACGCUGACAGUAGAUGGUCUGACCCACGGGGACGUGGGUCGGUACUACUUCCGAAUAAAGACCAAAGACGGAGAGAAGUAUUCCGGGCCAGAUGGAGUCCUGGUCAAUAUAUCUGACGUGUCCAACUUGCCAAGAAUUUCCUCAGCUGAGGAGAUGGUCGAGGGAAAGGAGGUGGAGUUAACUUGCUCUGUGAAGUACGCCUGCCCUGGGCACCUGCGAUGGAACGGUUCCGACGGAUUAGACCGACUAUUGGAAACUGCGGGCACCGUCCAGAACGAAGGGAGAAGCAGCCUUACACUGAGAUUUGUCGCUUCCCACCAGGACCAGGGGAGGACACUGCGUUGUGUGCAGACGUCCUCACAGGGAAAGCCUCUGGUCCAAAGCAUCACCUUAAACGUGAAGUAUGCCCCCCGGUUUGUUCACCUCACCCUCUCUCCCUUCAAGCCGAUCAAUCGAGGUGAUUCUGUGACAUUGAGGUGUGGGGUCGGGGACAGUAACCCUCCAGUAACAAGGUACAGGUGGCAUCAGUCAGGGCUUGGAACAACCCAGAGCAGGGAGGUAUCGAUGGCAACACACCGGGUCAACAAUGUUUAUGGAUACUGGGAGCACUGGUGUGAAGCCACCAAUUCAGUCGGAACGGCCACCUCGGAGAAAACGAAGCUGCCGGUUUACGACAGUUACAGCUGGGCAGUGUGGACCCCCCUCUCGCUCCGCGCCCGGGAAGGUUCCUGUGUGAUCAUCCCCUGCCGGUUCCGCAUUCGUGGAUCUGGGAGUGGAGACUCGACAGCUACUGGGAUCUGGUUGAAAAGUGAUCACUAUCAUGGGGCUCGAGUGUACCACACUUCUGCCAGGAGUGGUGGUGACUAUACAGGACGAGUCGAGUUCCUGGGAAACAUGGCUGGUGGAAACUGUUCGUUGAAGAUCCGGGAUUUAAGAGCAUCUGACAGUGACAAAUAUUAUUUCCGGAUUGAAGCAUCGGCUGGUAAAUGGUCGGAUCCAAUCGGCUUCAAACUCCUGGUAUCUGGGGAUCUGCAGAAACCAGUGAUCACAGUGCCUGAGCAUGUGGUGGACGGGGAAGGUGCGUCUCUGACCUGCUCUGUGUACAGUUACUGCCCUGAGGACACUCCUGUGUUUGAGUGGCACCUCCCUCAUCUCUCCCGUCCUCAGGAGACAGGAACAGUUUUCAAGGAUGACCAGUGGAUUUAUUCCAGCACUGUGGUGUAUGUACCAACGUUCGGGACUACCCAGCCGGUAGUGAAAUGCACGGCCAAUUUUGGACCAGGGACACCUUCAGCGGAAACGGAGGUCUCACUGGACGUGAAGUAUCCACCUCGAAACGUCACCAUCUCACUGACGGUAAACUGGGGGACAGACACUCACAGUAUGAAGGAACGAGACAGAGUUGUCCUCAGCUGUGACUGUAUCACAGCGCACCCAGCAGUCAGGGAGUACACCUGGUUCAGGGAUGGAACUGAAGUCCGGGGAGAAAGAAGCAGCAGCCUCCAAUUUCCAUCCAUAUUUUACAAAGAUUAUGGGAAGUACGCCUGUCAGGCUUCCAAUGAAGUGGGCAAGAGCAGGUCAGCGGAACUCACGGUGAUGGGCAAGUAUCAACCGCAGGAUGUUCACGUUGAGUACCGUGUCAACGGUGUACGGAGCGAGACGACAGACGUUAAGGAAAAUGAUCGGCUGAAUCUGACCUGUGUCAGCACCAGGAGUGAUCCCCCGGUCUCCGGCUACUCCUGGCACCGGGGUGGAUGGCAGAUGAGCCAAGAGCAGGUGUUGCAGAUUGAGAGAAUUACCCAACAACAUCACGGCAACAGUUACCACUGUCUGGCUCAGAAUGCCAUCGGGACUGGGCGAUCGGAGACAUUCACGAUCAACGUGCAGUACGCUCCGACUGACGUGCGAAUCACUUUUUUUGGGGCUGCUGUUGUUGGUAAAUAUAUUACACUGUCGUGUACAUCUGUUGCCAACCCAGCAGCAACCCAUUACAGCUGGAAGAAGGUGUGUGACUCUCAGCCAACAGAUCUGCGGACUAAUUCUCAGGAUUACCUACUGCAGGUUACACGGGCGGUCGCCUCCUGUGACUAUUACUGCAAAGCGAAGAACUCUGUCGGUGAACUGGAGUCUCCACCCCAACGCAUCGAUGUGCAGUACGCCCCCACCGACGUGCGAAUCACUUCUCCCCAGGCUGCUGUUGUUGGUGAACACAUUACACUGUUGUGUGAAUCUGAUGCCAACCCAGCACCGGCCUACAGCUGGAGGAACGUGUGUGGCUCUCGGUCAACAAAUCUGUGGCGUUAUUCUCAGGAUUACCAGCUGUGGGUUUCCCAGGCGAACACCUCCUGUGUCUAUUACUGCAAAGCGAAGAACUCUGUCGGUGAACAGGAGUCUCCACCCCAACGCAUCGGUGUGCAGUCUGAGGGACAGUCAUCCAAGAUGUCAAUCGUUUCACUCGUUUUGAGAGGGGGUCUGUUCCUUGUCGCUUCAGUGGCUGUGAUUUGGUUCAUUAGGAACCAAUGGAGAACCAGCAAUAAUCUUGUCCUCAGAUCUGUUUCCAGUCCAGCAGAAAAUGCAGGAAGGUCUGAGCCCGAGAGUCUGUAUGAAAUGGUGCAGGUAAACAGCGGGCAAAGGGGAGACGAGUUGGAAGAAACCGACGCAGACUCCAAAAUAAUCCAGAUCUGUUGCCAGGAUUGAUGGUUCACAGAGCUUCAAGUUCCCAGAGCUUCAAGUUCCUAGCAGUGAACAUCACCAAUAGCCUGUCCUGGUCCAACCACGUAGAUGCCACGGUCAAGAAAGCUCACCAGCGCCUCUACUUCCUCAGGAGGCUAAAGAAAUUUGGUAUGUCCCAUUGACCCUCACCAACAUUUAUCGAUGCACCACAGAAAACAUCCUACCUGGAUGUACCACGGCUUGGUACGGCAACUGGUCUGCCCGGGACUGCAAGAAACUGCAGAGAGUUGUGGACACAGCCCAGUACAUCAUGGAAACCAGCCUCCCCUCCAUGGACUCUUGUCUAUACCUCUCGCUGCCUUGGUGAAGCAGCCGGCAUAAUCAAAGACCCCACCCACCCGGGUCAUUCUCUCUUCUCUCCUCUUCCAUCGGGUAGAAGACACAGGAGCCUGAGGGCACGUCCCACCAGGCUCAAGGACAGCUUCUAUCCCACGGUGGUAAGCCUAUUGAACAGUUCCCUUAUACGAUGAGAUGGACUCUUGACCUCCUAAUAUACCUUGUUAUGACCUGGUACCUUAUUGUCUACCUGCUAUGCACUUCCCUAUAGCUGCCACACUUUACUCUGUAUUCUGUUAUUGUUUUUACCCUGUACUACCUCAAUACACCGUUUUGAUCUGUACAAUCGGUACGCAAGACAAGUUUUUCACUGUAUCUCUGCACAGGUGACAA